GAAUGAUUGACUGGCUGUCCUGGCCUCUGGCUCAGCAUGUGGAAACAUGGGUGAUUGCACUGUUGAAAGGACUGGCUGCAGUCCAGAAAUUUACCAUCCUCAUUGAUGUCACUCUGCUUAAGAUUGAAUUGGUCUUUAAUCGACUUUGGUUUCCUCUAGUGAGGCCUGGUGCCCUUGCUGUCCUUUCCCACAUGUUACUUAGUUUUCAGCAUUCUCCAGAAGCUUUUCAUUUGAUUGUCCCACAUGUGGUCGGUUUGGUUCACUCCUUCAAAAGAGAUGGCUUACCUUCCAGUACUGCCUUUUUGAUGCAGUUGACUGAGUUGAUACACUGUAUGAUGUAUCAUUAUUCAGGAUUUCCAGAGCUCUAUGAACCCAUUCUGGAAGCUGUUAAGGAUAUGCCCAAACCCACUGAAGAGAAGAUUAAGCUGAUUCUCAGUCAGAGUGCCUGGACUUCUCAAUCCAGUUCAUUGCCAUCUUGUUUAUCUAGACUUUCUGGAAAAUCUGAAACUGGGAAGACGGGUCUAAUUAAUCUAGGAAAUACUUGCUACAUGAACAGUGUUAUUCAGGCACUUUUUAUGGCUACAGAUUUCAGAAGACAUGUUUUAUCUCUGAAUCUAAAUGGGUGUAAUUCACUAAUGAGAAAAUUACAGCAUCUUUUUGCAUUUUUGGCCCAUACCCAGAGGGAGGCAUAUGCUCCUAGAAUUUUCUUUGAGGCUUCCAGACCACCAUGGUUCACCCCUCGAUCCCAGCAGGAUUGCUCAGAAUAUCUCAGAUUCCUGCUAGACAGGCUUCAUGAAGAAGAGAGGACCUUAAAAGCAUUGUCUUCAGCAAAGACUUCUGAAAGUAUAAUGAAUGAAGAGUCCCAGACACAAGAAGCUGUCCAUAAAGCACAAGUAUUUGCUGAAGCACCUUGCAGGGGAAGUGAAGAAAGAACUCUGAUAGAGAAGAUGUUUGGAGGAAAGUUGAAGACUACUAUAUGCUGUUUGAACUGCAAAAGUAUGUCUCAAAAGGAAGAAGCUUUCACAGAUCUCUCUCUGGCUUUCUGUCCUCCAGCUUCCUUGGAGAAUGUUGGCCCAAAAUGUAUGGAACGUUCUGAAGUAAAAGAUGACUACGUGGUGCAAACUAAUACUUUAGCAACUAGUCCUGCUGAAGAAACACCUCUCAAUAAUUUGGAAGUAAAUGGCGGAUGUGACACAAUAAUGAAUGAAGGAACCACAAAAGAUUUUUCUACUGAGCCAAACUCUGAGAAUACCACAAAUUCUGAACUCAACAAAGUUCAGGAUAAUAGGGAUAUGUCUCAGAGGCUAGUAGGUAAAAACACCCUGUCAGUUACAGACUUACUGAAUUAUUUUUUGGCACCUGAGAUCCUCAGUGGAGACAAUAAGUAUUAUUGUGAAAAGUGUGCCUCUCUACAGAAUGCUGAGAAAACUAUGCAAAUCAUUGAGGAACCUGAAUACCUCAUUCUCACUCUUCUGAGAUUUUCGUAUGAUCCAAAGUGUCAUGUAAGGCGCAAAAUCUUGGACAAUGUGUCUCUGCCACUUGUUUUGGAACUGCCAGUCAAAAGAGCAACAUCUCCUCUAGCUGUAGUUUCCGGAGGUUGGUCUGUUGGUGUUGAGAUUUCUGAUAUUGGAGAAAAUCUUGCUAAAAAACUGAAGCCCUCAGGUGCUGAUGAAGUGACCUGCCCACAAUUGGUGCCCUACAUGUUAAGCUCUGUGGUGGUGCAUUCUGGUGUAUCCUCUGAAAGUGGACAUUAUUAUUCAUAUGCUAGAAAUGUUACUGGGUCAGGGCCUUCAGGACUCUGCCACCAGUCUACAGCUCUUCCUUUAGUUUUUCCUCAGGAUAAGUUGUUGACAGAGGAGAGUCCUUGUACUGUUGUAGAAAAUGAGCUGGACACUGAGAUGCCAAGAGAGUGGUUUCUGUUCAAUGACAGCAGAGUGACAUUUACCUCAUUUCAGUCAGUCCAGAAAAUUACCAGUAGAUUUCCAAAGGACACUGCUUAUGUUCUGUUUUACAAAAAACAAAAUAGCACCUGUGGCUUCAACACCAAUUCGGCAAAUGGACUCUGGGUAAAUGGAGACCCUCCCCUACAAAAAGACCUCAUGGAUGCAAUUACGAAAGAUAACAAACUAUACUUGCAGGAGCAAGAGCUUAGUGCUCGAACACAAGCACUUCAAGCUGCCUCAGCCUCGUGCUCUUUCCGACCCAAUGGAUUUGAUGACAACGACCCCCCGGGAAGUUGUGGACCGACAGGUGGAGGAGGAGGGGGUGGGUUCAGUACUGUUGGUAGAUUAGUCUUUUGACUAUGAAGACAACCUGGAAUACACUGGUUCCAAAGCAGCCUGGUACUGCUGAGGACAACUAAAAUAUUGAACUUUGUCAGAUGUUGUACCAAGUUUUGAGACUUGAUCCUUGUUCAAAAGCAAAUGUUGGGGUUUUUUUGGCUAUGUUUUAUUUGAAAUAAAUAAGUGCAUAAUGGAAAAAAACUACCUCUUAAAAAUCCAGUUGCUUUUAUAGUAAGAUAUGCUUGCCCAAAAGGCAGAAAAUGGAGAUUUUUAAGUAGUUGCUAAUGACACUGCAUUAAACUGAACACGCUUACAUCAGUUUCUAUUGUCCUCAUCCACUGAAUGAAGAUAGUUCAUUUUUUACUCCGAUGGUAUUGCUUUAUGUGGAAAUCCUUUCAGAUGGGCUAAACUGCAUGCAUAGUCUCUCACCCCCACCUUAUUUUAAAAUCCGGUACCUUUAUGGAUUUCUACAGAUGAUGCAAUUCAUAAUGAAGGCAAUAACUUAAAUGUGACAUGAUACAGUACUUUCCAGAUUAAAAAUUAUUCAAUAUAUUUCCAGUGUAAAUGUGAAGAAGAGAAAAAAAAUUUAUAAAUAUUUGC